AUGAGCUUAAACCAUAUAGAUAUAAAAAACCUUAGCCCAGUUAAGUAAAAUAAAUAUUAUUUAAGACAGAAUGGCUCUCUUGCAAACUUGAGGACUAACUUACAAAGUACUUCUAUACUUAAAAAGUAAUAAGUUAAAGAUAAUUCCAUUUUGAGCUCAGCUUAUGAUGAAUCAUUAAAUAAAUUAAAUUAUAAUCCUUCUUCUACAAGUCUUAGAUCAAUAUCUUAAAAUCCUCGCUCCUUCUUAGUGACUGACGCUCCUUCUAAUCCUAAUUUAUCAAACUAAAAUAAAAGUUCAACAAAGUUUAGAUUUCCAAGUGAGAUAGAAAUUAACAUGGAUAAACUAAAUUCUGAUACUAUCCAUAAAAAGAGCUAUGCAGAUUUGGUUAGGAAAUAACCUAAAGAGAAAAUAACUAAAGCUGUAUAAGAUUUUGAGCGCUAUAUGAUGACACCAAUAAGUGGUACACCAAAAUGCUAUGGCGAUUUCGAAAGUGGAUCUAAACUAAAGAAUACUCUACAAGCAUUGAAGUUACCACCUUUAGUUAAUCAUAGCUAAAAGAUUGAAGCGACUGUAGAUAACAUUAAUGAUGAGCUUUAAAAGUAUAAGUAUUUAAAUAAAAUUGUUGAGGUAGACGGAUUUUAUGACAAAAGCCAUGACCUCAAAGUAUCUAUGCUUUCAUAUACCAUGCGUUCCCCUCAUACACUGCCCAGAAGUUUGGGAAUUAAUAAAUCACUCAUCAAUGACAAAAGAAAAAUUAAUAUUUCAAGUCAAUUUAUUGGCGAUAAAUACAGUGAGAUGGCAAGUGAAGCUUUAAGACAUGAGGAUCUAGAAAAAGUUGAGAGUGUAAAGCUAAAAGAUAAUAAUCUUACUUCUUCAUCCUUAUCUAAGAUAGUUCAGAGUCUUCCAAGAAACAUCUAAAAAUUGAAUUUGGCAGAAAAUUUUAAACUUGGUAAAGAAGGUAUUUUGCACUUAGCUCCUGCUUUACAGCAAAAGAAAUAUAUAUAUCUCAGUGUCGUAAAUUUAGAAAAUACAAAUUUAUAAGAUGAAGGUGCAUAAUUAAUUGUUUAAUCUUUAAUUAAUUCAACAAACGUGUAAGUUUUAAACCUAUCAAGAAAUUCUAUUACAGAUGCUAUAGGUCCUGCUUUAAAGCAAUUUUUAGAGGUAUCUGACUCUCUAUCUGAGCUUUACAUGCAUUGGAAUAAGUUAACCUCAAUAGCUGGUUGUUAGAUUGCAGAUGCACUGAAAAUAAAUGAUAAUCUUAUGGUAUUGGAUCUUUCUUUCAAUGGUUUAGGGAGUCAUUUUGGAUUGAAUUCUAAAAUGUGUGGCAAAAAGCUAAUAGAAAGCUUAAAUAGAUAAAAAAGUAAUAUGAGGCAUUUAGAUAUAUCUUAUAAUAAUUUUACUGUCGAAGAAGGAAGAAUAAUUUAAGAAGCAAUUAAAGGAAAUGAUGGUAUUAUAGGAUUUCAUUUUGAAGGAAAUUGUAAUGAUAUGUUUUAUGUUGAUUCUAGAGGUUUUUUAAUCGAAAGAAAAUUAGGCGAAGAAAUCAAAGAAUAGCUUCAUUUAAAGAAAAAGCGUAUUUAAGGGGUUAAAUUUUUAGGUUAAAAUAAAAUUUAAAACGAUUUAAUGAAUGUUGUGGAUAAUUGUUGGAUUUGUGAUGGAUGGACAGAAUUAUAGUUUGCUGUAGAAGGAGUUGGAGAAUGUACUUUUUUGCAUUUUGAUUUUGAAGGUUAUAGACCAAUAUGCAUGGAUAAAUAAUCUGACGGUAAGUUUACCCUAAUCAAGAUGUGUCCUCCUCGUAAGAAAAUAAGAUUCUUUUUUACUGAUCCAACAUCACUUGUUGCAUUUACAACGGAAGGUUACUAAAAGGAGAAAUAAUUAAAUAUUCAUAAUAAUGCUGUUGCUUUUAAAACUUACUAGUAAACUCUUGAGGGUUCUUUAGCUAAUAUUCCUAACGUUGAAGAAGAUAAUGAAUAAGAACUCAAAAAAUCUAAAGUUUUAAAUAACUCUAGUUCUUAAAAAAAGAUUCCAACUAGUACUUCUAUUGCAAAUAAUGAAAGAAGCACCAGCAAAUCAAGAUUUGGGUAAAGUAGCUAAAAGAAAAUUUAAUAAAAGGAUACAAAGCCUAAAAACGAUAACAAAAAAGAAUUUUCUGAUACGAUGAAUCAGCUUGUUUACAAUGAAAAAACAGGAAAAUAUACAAUAACUUAUUAAGAUGGCACUCCUGUAGAUUAUGAAAUGCCAAUUUACUUUAAUGUUUAUAAAACUGAUAUAAAUAAAUCUGUUUUUUCUAAGUAUAAAGAUGUCCAGAUAUUAUCAUAUCCACGUGUUCCAGAAAAAGUAGUUCAAUUAAGUGCAAAAAGUGAAUGGGUAGUAGAGAAAAGUAUAUUUAAAGAUUAUAUAAAAGAUAAUGAAGACUUAAUUGAUAAGUGCUUUGAAUUUGACUUUAGUUAAUCUCGUAUUGCUAAAGUUGUCACAGAUAAAGAUGAUCUAGCAAAAGUAAAAUCAAUAUUAAAGGAAAAUUAUAGAAAAAUUAAAAGGAACUACAAGCUCUAUUCGUCCUAUGCUUCUGGUGAAAUUUUUUGUAUUGCUUAAAAUAUAUUAUCUUAAUUUGCUAUUAAGUGUGGUAUUAUCGAUAACAAAUUCUCUUUUGCUGAUUUAGAUUACAAUAUCAUAGCUACAUCAUCUGUUUAAAAGACAAAUAAUUACCUUAAUCCUGAUAAAGUAUUGAUUAGAUACAAGUUCAUGGAAAUAUUUGUAAGAAUAGCAGGAGAUAAAUAUAUUAAAUAUGGAAAGUGUAAGAAAUACUCUGAAGCCUUGAUAGAACUUUUUAGUGAUUCAGUACUACAAGAAUAGUUAGACCAAGCAGACGAUGCACAGGAAUGGAGAUAUACUAAAUUUUGGAAUGAAGGAUGCGACAUCAUCUUCAAACAAAAUAUGGAUUUAAUAAAAUCUCUUUGGAAUCAAUUUGCUGAUUCUCGUAAAACAGAAAAGAGAAGCUUUAUGAAUUAUAAAACUAUGAAUAUCUCUGAAUUUAGAGAUUUUAUAAAUCACUUUGAAUUUAUUGACACUUCUUUUAACGAGAGAGAUAUCAACAUGGUUUUUAACAUGUCUAUGCAGACUUGCAUAGAUGAAAUUAGUAGUGAUAAGCACUUAUUAAUGAAUUUCAAUGAAUUUUUAGAAUCUAUUGCAAGAAUUGCAGAAAUAAGAGUUUUCAAAGAAGAAGAAAAAGAAGAUGCAAAUAAUUAGUCAGAAGAAGAAGAAGAAGAAGAAAACAAUGAUGAUGAAGAUGAAAGAAACAGCAACUAAAUUAGUGAAGAAGGAGAUAAUAAUGAAGAUUUUGAAAAUAGUAAUAAUAAUUAAUCUGAAAAAGAUUCCUCUAGGUAUAACUCAAAAAGAAAUUCAUUUGAAUAGCCACAACAACAAUAACAAAGCUCAUUAGCAUAUAUACAAGAUAAUACUUCUGAAAAUGAAGACAACCAAGAAGAAGAAGAACAGCCUAAGUAAGGAAAAUCUGUUAUGUUUUUUAAGUAGAAAACUAUUGAUAUAGAUUAAGUUAAAAAAUCUAUGACAAAAUUAAAUUAAGUGAAUAGUUCUUCUAGACAAAAUACUCCAAGCAAGCAAAGAGAUAAUAAAUAUAAAAGCUCAAAUUCUUUGAGAGGGUCUCAAAUUGAUUUAGACAAUCAAGAAAAUAAUGAUGAUGAAGAAGAAACUUAAACAAAGACUAAAACUAAAAUAAGAUUUAAGGAUAGUCAAGUAGAAUUAAAUUCUAAAACAAAUAAUAUAGAUCUUGAUUUUUAGAGAAGACAGGAAAGAAAAUUGAUAAAAUAAGUGCCUUUAAAAUUUAAACUAUUUUAACUCAUAAGUUAUAUCCUUAAAAAAUAAGCAGAAAGAGCUAAGGUAUUCAAAUUAGUUAUUUCAUAAUUAAAAUUUUUAUAUUUUUUACAUUAUAUUUAGAAAGGAGAUAAAAAGAGCUAAAUCUAUAAGAAAUAAUAAAGCUUAAUAGAUCUAAAGAAUUCAAUUAUAUCUGUAGAAAGAAGUAAGGAUGGUAAUGGAUAUAUAAGAAGAAUAGAAGGUAAUAGACUCUUUUAAAGAGCAACAGAUAAGCUGCAAGUAGAAGAUUAACAAACAAAAAAAUGA